AUAGCAGAAUGAGCCGGUUUAGUUGUAUGUGAUUUCUAAUAUUUACAGAAUCAGUAUCGUCUGUUAAAGGUCAUAAAUACUUACUUUUGAAACAAUUGGUGAUUUUAUUUAACUUCAAGAGAUUGGGAUAUGGGCAGAUUGCGGCUAAUCUUACAGAGUGAGAUAAGAAUGGUGGUGUCAUGGGUCAGAGAUUACAGACAGUCAGCCAGCCAACAGCAGUCAGUAUGCAGGGGCCGAAUGUGCUGUUAAUUUAGGUUAGCAUAUUUACUUUCUAGAAUGUGGACAAUUAUCAUUUUUCUGUUAGCCUGCCACACUGUGUGUGCGAUUCCAGAACAGAAAAAAGGGUUCCUGUUAACAGUGCCCAGUUCUCUUUUGACUGGCAGCCAGGAGCUGGUUUGUGUCUCUCUUCACAACAACACAGGACGUGUUUACAUAUCUCUCAGUCUCCUGGCCACAUCAGACAAUCAUGUCCUGGCAAGCACCUCCCUCACCAUCGCCUCUGCCGGAUGUGUGGAGCUAACAGUGCCUGACACAGAGGAACGGUUGGCACGACUCGAAGCCCGCCUUCAGUCUCCAGACCCUCAGCUGACUAGUAAUGCUCAGGUGGAAGUCCGCCUGCAGAGGAAUCCAUUGUUAGUACUUGUGUCUACAGACAAGCCUCUGUACAAGGCUGGGCAACAAGUCAACUUCAGGGUGCUCUCUCUUAACCACAAGCUUAAACCUCAUAGCAAACAGAUUCCGAGAAUCUGGAUAGAGACCCCAAGUGGAGUCCAGGUCCAACAGUGGAGGGAGGUGAAGGUCAACCAGCUUGGACUGAUACAGCAACAGUUUACCUUAGAUAAGGAACCUCUUCUGGGGCAGUGGAAAAUUAAGGUUCAACACACAUCUUCAAAGAUCACUGAGACCCGGUUUUUUGUUAAGGAGUAUAUUCCUGCUAAAUUUGAAGUUACUGUUGAUGCUCCUACUGAAAUCUUUCUAGAUUCAGAGAAUGUUUCUUGGCAUAUUUGUGCAAAGUACAGCUAUGGGCAAGUUGUUCAAGGGGAUGCCCACGUUGAAAUCAAACUACAAGGAUCUCGGUCUGUUGAUCAGCCAAGUAUCAACAAUGCAGUCAAACUUAAUCCGUACUCGGGCUGUGUGGUCUUGACAGUGGAAGCUGCAGAGCUAGGCUUGUCUGAUCCCCUGGUGCAGCCAUCGGCAGUCCAGGUGGUGGCCACUGUCACGGAACAGGGUUCUGGCAUCUCCCACACCAGCUCUGUCCUGUCUUCCAUCCAUAUCCAGCGGUUCUCCAUACACUUUCUGUGCUCCCGUUACUACAAGCCUGGCUUGCCCUACACUGGCAAUGUGGUGAUGAAGACUAUGGAGGGACGGCCAAGACCGAUAGUUGGAGAGAAGAUACAGAUAUGUGUGAGAGUGAGACAUCGUGGAGAGUUGGGCAUGAGGUUACUUCAAUGCCACAACUACACAACUGACUUCAGCUCUCAUGUUGUGUUUGCACUUCCUGAAAUUGAUGAUCCUUUUAAUUUGGAGCUGAUCACUAUCAUUGCUUCUGCUAGUGAUUACCCCACCAAACUGUACCCAAGCUCAAAUGAGGUGAUGAUGCUGCAACCUUCAGUCUCUCACAAUGUCAAGCCCUGGUUCUCCCCCAGCCAGUCCUUCCUGGAUGUCUGGACCCGGAACACACUUGCCUGCUUCUCUACAGCCGUCAUCCCUAUCUACUACACUGUACCCUCUACUGCAUCUGAAACUCCAUUAUUCUUCUAUCUGAUAGAAGCCAGAGGUGAUCUCCUCCUGCUGAACUCCACAAUCCCUGAGAAAGAGUCGCUGCUUUACAGUAACGAGGUGGGCUCACUAUCUCUCGCCCAAGUAAGGACCUGGAGCCUGAAGCUACAUGUCACCCCGGAGAUGUCUCCUCUUAGCAGACUCACAGUGUACUACAUCAGGGCAGAUGGGGAAGUGGUGGCUGGUAGUACCAACCUUGUGGUGGAUCGAUGUUUUCAGAACAAGGUACGAGUUAGAUGGGAUGAGCCUCAGAUAGCCCCUGGACAGAAGGCCCACCUCUGUGUCCGAGCCAGUCCUCACUCAGUUUGUGGUGUCUCUGUAGUUGACAGACAGCUCUUGUUCAACUCCUCUCACACCUCUGCUGAUGCUGACCAGGUGUGGGAUCUUGUCAACAAGUUUACCAUUCAAAAACCUCCUCGAGAUCAGAGACUCUAUUGUUCAAAUAAAGAGGAGGAAUCACCACCAAAUUAUGACUUGAGGAGAAAGCGCUCUUUGUAUAUGCUUCCAGUUGAUUAUUCAGACCAUGUAGAUGCUAUUACAGCGUUUGAUGACCAGGGUGUGUCUGUAAUGAGUAACUUUGUCCUGGAAUCAAGACCCUGCAACAAGCCUUUGAUUCCACCUCCAUUCUACCACAGAAGUUGGAGAUACUCGCCAGAUGAGGUUGCUGACCGAUCUCUCUUUAUGGUUGACAACUUGGUGCUAUCAAUAGAGAAAGAGCCUUCAGAAGAUUUGAGUCAGUCAAUUGUCAGAGAUUACUUUCCCGAUACAUGGAUAUGGAGUCUAGUUGGCACAGGGAAGGAGGGGGAGGUGACAAUAGACUCGCCGGCACCUGACACAAUCACCUCCUGGGACUCUCGAGUAGUCUGUGUGUCCGAGAGAGAUGGCCUGGGCAUUUCGACCCCCACAGCGAUCACUGUCUUUAUGCCUUUCUUCCUCCACAUCGAGGCUCCAUACUCGAUCAAGAAGGGAGAGAGUGUUCCAGUCAAAGUAGUUGUUUACAACUACAUGCAUCAUUCAUUACCGGUGGUGUUGAGCUUUCCAGUUAAUGAAGGUCUGUACAUAGCUCACCAAGAGGAUGUGAGGGUUUGUGUGCGGCAACUGUCUCCCUACUCCCACUCUGUGAUAGUCACAGCCCAGAUAUCUGGCAAUGUCAACCUCACUGUCCAGGCUCGGGUGGAGCCAUUGGCAGGCUGUAGUCCUUCUGACAUCCCUGCUAGAAGUGAUACUGUGGUCAAGUCACUGUUGGUGAGAAAUGAGGGAUAUUUGCAACAAAAAAGUCAUUCUGCCUUUAUAUGCCCAUCAGUUGAUUCAGAUCCCUCAAUAUCAUGGGAGUUGGAGCUGCCUCAAGUGAACAAUUUAGUAGAAGCAUCAGCUCAGCUUAAGUUCACUGUGGUGGCUGACUUGUUUGGACCUGCUCUUGAGAACUUGGACAGUCUGGUACUGCUGCCAAUGGGGUGUGGAGAGCAGAACUUGGCUCGACUAGCUCCCAACCUGUAUGUACUCCGAUACAUAGAUGCGUCAGGGCAAGUCAAUCAGCAACUAAGGGCUACUGCAUUGAAAAAUAUACAAAAAGGUUACCAAAGGCAACUGACCUUUCAGCGUAGUGAUGGUUCAUUUUCUGCGUUUGGCGACAGUGACGAGAGUGGGUCUCUGUGGCUGACAGCAGCUGUGUUGAAAAUCCUCGGAGAGGCUAGGUCUGUUAUAGAUGUGGAUCAGGAUCUGCUGCAAGACAGUGUCAAAUGGAUAACUCAAAGACAACUGGAGAAUGGUUGCUUUCCCAUCAUCGGCCAGGUGUUCCACACUGAUAUUGAGGAGGAAGAUGGGUCCACACUAACUCUGUCAGCUCUAGUACUUGCCAACCUGGCUUCUUCAGGUUUGGUACUGCCUCCAGCGCUGCGGACAAACGCGGAGUUCUGUCUUGCUUCUGCUAUUAGCUCUACCAAACCUUACACAUUGGCACUUGCCACACUGGCUCUGGCACGCUUGGACUUGCGGCAGAAGGCAGAGCAGGCUCUACAGUCACUACUUAGUCUGGCUGUCUACAGCAGUGAUGUGGUCUACUGGGGAACACCAGACUCUUCAAUUUCUCACAACAUAGUAACUACAAGCUACGCAGUGCUGUGUCUUGUGGAGAUGGAAACUCCACAGAAUUUAAUAACUGCCCAGAAAGCUGUCCGAUGGAUUGCUACUCACCGUAAUGAAAAUGGUGGAUUUAUUUCAACACAGGACACAGUUGUAGCAUUGGAGGCACUAUCGAAGUACAUGAGUUCAUUGCCUCAAGUGAAUCAGACGGAAUUGAUGGUUGUAGUGACUGGCUUUAGAGAAUUUCUAUCUAAAACAUUCUACAUAAACAAUAACAACAGGUUAAUCCAACAACAGCUCGUCACCAGUGACAUACCGAGACGUCUGACAGCCACCGUGAUGGGCAAGGGCUGUGCUUCUGUACAGAGUGUACUGAAGUACCACGUACUGAGGCCAAAUCCGGGCAGCCAGUUGGAGUUGCAGGUGUCAACUGCUCCUGUUUCCACUGUAGACCCUUGUAGUGUACGGGAGCUGCAACUGUGUGUCCACGCAGAUACGAACACAGUCACUCACAUGGCUCUCCUCUCUGUUCUCAUGGUCACUGGCUUUACUCCUGAUCAAGUGCAACUCAGGAAGAUCUCUCAUCCACAGAUAAAGAAGUGGGAGGAAGAGGAUGACCAGAUAACAUUUUACUUGACAGAAGUGAGCAAUCUGCCGAUAUGCUUCACUAUGCUGCUGAACCGUAAGUUCAAAGUGGAAGAUCCACUCCCAGCUGAAGUCACAGUGAUUGACUAUUACCAUCCAGAUGUGUCCAAUUCUAAGAGCUAUUCCAUGGAGUGCAGUUCUGUUACUCCUUUAGAAGAUCCUGAGAUGCUAUCUGAUAGUCCAGUAAACAAUGAUGACAGAUUCAGUAACUUCCACAAUGUAGACUUUGAUCUUCACACUCCGGAAGGAGUGGAAGGUCCACGACCAGUGUAUGCUUGCCCACCAAAUUCAACUCUGCUCAACUGUAAACCUUAGUCUCAAUUUGCUAUUUGUCAUCAUUUGGUUUCUAAAAUACAAAUUAAUGUUUUAUAAUUCCAGAUUAAAAGAAAUUGGAAAGGCGACAUAA